AUGGAGAUAAAUAUUGUUUCCAUUAUUACACUAACAACAGUUUUUAUGUCGAUUUUAAAAGUUAAUAGCCUUGAGUGUUAUGUAUGUGAAAACCAGGAAGAUAAUAAUGAAAAAUGUGUUAAAACUAUCGCAACUUGUGUAUAUGGUCAAGACGUUUGUUUUACUGAAAUUCGAUGGGGUAGUACACCAUAUUGGUCACAAGGUGCUAAAAAACAGUAUUAUGUGUCAAAACGUUGUUCAAAUCGAACAGAAUGCGCAACAACCAGAGAACGUUAUAUGUCUUUAUGUACUCAUAUUUGGUAUCAGGAUUGGGUAUGCUCAGAUUGCUGUCAAGGUGAUCGCUGUAAUUACUAUAUAAUAAGUGGAAUUGGUAACUUAAAACCAAUUCUAGGUUUGCUGUUGGGAGGUUUUAUUCUUCUCAGAUUAAUAGAUUAA